AUGCCGCCCUCGAAGCCCCAGCUGUCCCGGAGAGCCCGGCACCAGCUCGAGGAGUCGUCCAAGUCCCCUCUCUUCGCGGCCAUUUUUCGGACGUUCGGCAAUCAGGCAGGCUCAUUCUGGUCUGAGACGAAUCCUGAGGGCAUCGUCAAUGCUGGACUCGCCGAGAAUGUACUUUCGCUUUUCUCUUAUCCUGCGCCAUUCGUCCGGCUGAAGCGGCUGUCGUACGCAGAGCUUGAUGCACGACUGGCUCACGGCGUUCUGGGAGCGGCAAGGAACCCUCAAGAUCGAGCGGACGGCACCCUUAACCCCAUUCCUCUCCCGCUCGAUGCGCGAAUUGAGCCUCAUUCGCUCGCUCAGGACCUCACCUACGGCACUAGCAUCCUCGGAUCCGACCGCAUCUUCCGCGCACUCGCCUCGUACUUUUCAGCCUACUUCGAGCCCGUCUUUCCUGUCGAGCCGAAGCACAUCGCGACUUCGAACGGCCUCUCGCCCAUGAUCGAGCAUGUUGCGGCAGUCAUCUCGGAUCCCGAAGAUGCUUGGCUGCUUCCUGCGCCAUGGUACAAUGGCUUUGUUGCCGACCUGACCGCAACGAGCCAAGUCCGCAUCGCCAGCGUCGCCAUCCCUGCCGGCAAGAACGGCACGCUCGACGAGGUGGAAGCGAUGGAGGCAGAGAUGCAGCGGCGAAAGCGCGAGGGUGUCAAGCAGAAGAUUACCGCCGUCCUCGUCACAAGCCCGCACAACCCGCUCGGCUUCUGCUACCCUCGCGAAGUACUGAUCGAGUACGCCCGUUUCGCCCAGAAGUGGAGUCUAUGGCUCGUCAUGGAUGAAGUUUACGCCAAGAGCGUCUACAACGGCAAUCCACACGGUCGCCCUUUCGUCUCGAUCCUCUCGAUAGACGUCCUCCGCGAAGCCGACUGCGAUCCAUCUCGCGUCCUCCUUCUCUACGGCUUGUCGAAGGACUUUGGCGCCAAUGGCUUCCGUGGCGGUGCUCUCGUCUGCCAGUACAACGAGCAAUUCAUGGCCGCACUCGCAUCAACAGCCAUGCCUAUGCGGAUGGGCUCGCCGACCGAUAUUCUCUGGUCCGCCCUGCUCGAAUCGCCCGAAUUGCCCGACUACCUCGCCAUGAACCGACAAGCGCUGUCGAGGGCGUACAAGUACGUAACGGCAUGGCUCGCGGCGCAUGACAUGCCCUUUACGCCCGCGAAUGCCGGCCACUUCGUCCUCGUCGACUUUCGAGCGCACAUCGGGCAGGUCCGGCUAGACACCGAAGCAGAUGGUUCCAUAGACGGCCCACUAGGUAGUGUGGACGAGGCAGACUCGUCAGCAGGGCGGCGGAAUGACGAGGAGGAGGCAGGCCAGUUCGAGCAGGAAAUCGCUUUCCUCAACAAGCUGGUCGACGCAGGCGUGUACCUCGGCCCAGGCUUCUCGUACGCUUGCCCCGAGCCAGGUUUCUUCCGUCUCACCUUCUCGAUCCGCCGGAUGGAGCUGGAGGUUGCGCUCGGGCGGAUAGAGCGGGUGUGUGGGUUGCCGGAGAAGGCUGCAGAGCUGAGCAAGGAGUAUCCUCAGUAG